AUGUCACUUUUUAUAUUCGUACUACUGAUCACCAUGGAGUACGCUUUAGCUUGCCUCACUACUGUUCUGCCACAACAUACUACAUUCGGAUCACUUUUUACACCCCAAUCCCUUUUUCCAUCACUAUCUACCACUAAUUAUCUUCAGUCUGCACCCGUCUACUCACAACCUCAGACUCCAGUCGUCUACUCACAACCUCAGACUCCAGUAUUUGCGCAGCAAAGCUGGGUGAGUCCACCAUUCAUGCCUCCAGCCCAAGUACAGCCCAUGCAACAGUUUCCACUCAUGCCUGAGAUCCCGAAUAUGUUCCCACCCACACCUUUUCCACAGACCCAAGUCCCUGCCCAGCAAAGUCCUCCCACAGAAUCGAAUCCAUCAGCGGUAUCCGAAACAUCAGGAGCGUCAUCCGCUCAGGAAGCUUCGGAAGCAUCAGCUGCUUUAAAUGCACCAGAAGCAUCCGCCUCAUCGUCUUCUGCUUCAUCUUCUUCAUCCGCAUCGAAUGGCGCGUCAAGUAACACUGAGGGUUCCACUGCGGAACAACAAGGAAAUCCUUCACAACAGAGACAACAAGAAAAAGAGAAAAAGCCAAAGGAAGAUCGUCGGGAAGAUCGAGUAAAGGGACGUAAGAUGGAGAACAGUGAUGAUUAUUACUACUACUAUCCUGAUGGUCCACAAGGACAAGGAGAGCCUGAUGAUAUUAUUUACGACAAUCGAGGAGCAGAAAAUCAGAAUCAGCAACAGACCCAGACGCAAAAUCAGAAUUGGAAUCAACAACAGACUCAGACGCAUAGUCAAAACGGGAAUCAGCAGCAGACUCAGACGCAAAGUCAGAAUGGAAAUCAGCAGCAGACGCCAAGAGAGGGAAUGCAAGAAAACGAUGAUAGCCAAAGGGUUCAACAGAGGCCAAACCAGAUGCGGCAGAGCAGCAGAGAUAUAUGCCCUAGUUUGCAGAAUGCAGAGGACGUAUUUGGUCGACAAUGGCGUCCGGCUCGUGCAGACAACCUCAUUACAUUAGUACCGGUGGCCAAAUGUAUAGGCGGAGGAAUGCUGUUUUCAUCGUUACUUUACUAUCCAUACAAGCAGACCGUGGAAAUCAUUGGGAAAAAUGCUGGAUGGAACAUCUGCUAG